UUCUGUAGAUGAGGAUACUUUUGGUGUAGUAUUUGCAGGGAAAAACCGAAAGUGACGUUCAAAAUGUUGCUUUUCUGAAAAUAAAUCCUUAUGUUACUUUAUCGGAAAUAUAUGAAACUUAAGAAAUAAUUCAAUUUGCCGGAAUUUAUUUUACCAGGUGGGAUUGAUCGUUUUAGAAUAAUCAUUUUACAACUUGACCUUCUCACUAUAUGGACGGCGCUCAUGUCUAUCGUUCGACCAUUUAUUUCGGACAUAUGAGGUCCUUAUAUAAAUAUGUUCUUAUGUAAAUAUGACUGCAAAGGAGCAUCCAUCUCUGUCAAUGGGUUUUUGUUUGCUCACUCUUUGCAUAUGAGGACGACCGAUAGUCAUCGUCUAGCUGUUUGCAAAACGUCUACAGCGGUUUAUUAUGUGAAUGAUGGCCCCAUACGCUAUGUGGAUAGGAGGACCAUCUGUACUGAGAUUAAAGCACACUCAUCUGUCUUAUAUGUGUAACGCUCUUUGUUAAAAUAAGCCUAUUACUUGUUGGUGUGUAUUUUCGUCUACAUCUUCCUCAUACUACUUUCAUCCUCGUUUUCCUAGUUGGAGCAGCUGUGGCAGCGUUGAAUACAAGCGUCACAAGAUGGUUGUGUACUGGGAUGAAUCCACCGUGGGAGGUCGCUGCUGUAGCUUGUUCUAAUUUGAAGUACAUGAAGAAGAAAUGUUUUUUUCAGUAAAGGGGUGUACACACCAAAAGUUCCUCAACAACUGAACAAUUUUAAAUAAUACAUUUAGCUCAAAGUUUAUUUGAAAUAAGUAGCCAAAAAUCACGAAAGUCCUCCGUUUGUUUUCCAUGUGGCCAUCAGCAUCGCCCUCGCCAAACGUUCCUCCUCGCGUAGUAGUCGGAUUUAUUUUGGAGUCGUACCGUAUAUGACCCAAUGGUGCACAUGGAGGUGGACGUGAAUGGAUUAUGAAGUCGUGCAAUAUUUAUUUACGCCAUAGUUAAGGGUCGAAGAGCAGGCUAAUUUAUAUAAUAACAGUUUGAAAUAUGGCGUCUACCACUCAUGUGGCCAUCGUCAUAUGUCAAAAGACAUCAGCCUUGAGGAUCAUAUGCCGGAGAAUGUCUUCAGCAGUACAUCCUCAAACGCAAGUAGACUUUCUGAAUGGAGCGCCUCAUAGGAAGCACCCAGGUGUAACCAACUUGAAAACACUACGCUUACCCGAGCAACUACAAAGGGCUGCACAAUCAAUUGUUCUUGGUGCUCAGAUCAAAGGACUGUCUGAUCGAGCUCAGAGUCUCACACAGUAUCUCUGGAGCAGGAAAAGGCCAGUGGAGGACCUGAAUCUGAGGAAGAGAGCCAAAAGCCUGGAGAAGCUUGUCUUGGAGAACGCAAAGGAGAGGAGAGAAGCUAUCGACGGUGAUUACGUUAAGAUGAAAGUGCUGUCUGAACUCAAAAGGACAACAUACAACUGGACCCCUGUGAGGUUCGAUGAGGAGCUGGGCGUGGUGUACAUGGCCGCCCGGCUGGCCGGUGGCUACACCGCCGUGAGGAGAGCCCUUAACGAGAUAUUGGUCAGGGACCCUUCCUUCGCCCCUCAGUCUCUCUUGGAUUUCGGCUCGGGGUUGGGCACAGCGGUCUGGGCAUCACACUCAUGUUGGGGUGACACUUUGAAGGAGAUGGUGUGUGUGGACAGCUCCGGGCCAAUGAACGUUCUGGCAGAGCGGCUUCUCAAAGAUGACGACGAAAAAGCUGCGCCUCACAUCAAGCAGGUGUAUUUCAGACAGUUUCUCCCCGUGUCGCCGAAGGUGCAGUUUGACCUGGUGGUUGGAGCCUUCUCACUGUCUGAAUUAGCCAGUCAGAAGGAGCGAGUAGAGACUCUGUUGACUCUGUGGAGGAAGACCAGCUCCUAUCUUGUGCUGGUUGAAAAUGGGACCAAAGAGGGCCAUCAGAUCCUCAUGGAAGCCAGAGACACCUUGCUAAAGGCACAGGAACAGACGUCCUUGGACUCCAGAACAGCAUCUGUGUUUGCUCCGUGUCCCCAUGAAAUGACAUGUCCCAAGCUGGCCCGCUUUCCCGCUGUGCCCUGCAACUUCCACCAACACUUCCACCCUCUCCCUCUCCCAGGGAGUCCGGUGCGUCAGACGGAGACCUUCAGUUACGUGAUUCUGUCGCGGUCGGAUCCGAUAGAGGCAGCGGCUGGGCCGCGCUGGGCCCGGUUGGUGGCGCCGGUGUUGCGACGGCCCAGACACGUGCACUGCCACACGUGCAGCCCGGACGGACAGCUCCACCACACGGUGGUGACGCGAAAGAAACACGGCCGCGAUGUGUACCGCUGUGCCCGGAGCAGUGAUUGGGGAGAUCAGCUGCCAAUCAUUCAGCAAGAAGAGGCGGGUCCUCUGAGUGACUCAGAGUGACCAAGCGGGAAGAAAGAACAUGACAACAAUGUGGGAUGCAAUAAACUUUUAUUUAUGCCAUUACAUAAAAACACCUAUGUCCACUGCCAAAAUGUUGCUUAAAUGUAUUCGCUAGAUAAAGGACUUUCUGAACUACA